GCCCGCCCGCCCGCCCGCCUGUGUUUGCAGCUGUCGGUUUGCGCGGCCGGGACGGACCGACCGACUGACGGAAUUGUGCCGGGUUCAUCAUAAUAAACAGCAAGGAAAAAAUGGGUCCUUUCGACAUUUUUAAAUGAUUGUAAACUAACAGAUUUUAUCAACUACUGGAUAUAAACUCUCCCGCUGCCAAUUUUCAAAACAAUGGCAGGUUUUAAACGUGGAUAUGAUGGAAAAAUUGCUGGGCUAUAUGAUUUAGAUAAAACAUUGGGCAGGGGUCAUUUCGCUGUUGUAAAAUUAGCACGACAUGUUUUCACCGGAGAAAAAGUAGCAGUGAAAGUCAUCGAUAAAACAAAACUUGACUCUGUUGCUACAGGGCAUUUGUUCCAGGAAGUCCGAUGCAUGAAACUGGUGCAGCAUCCCAAUAUUGUCCGUUUAUAUGAAGUAAUUGACACUCAAACAAAACUUUAUCUUAUUCUGGAAUUAGGAGAUGGAGGUGAUAUGUUUGAUUACAUCAUGAAACAUGAAGAUGGUCUCAGUGAAGAACAAGCAAAAAAAUACUUUGCACAGAUAGUCCAUGCCAUAUCUUAUUGCCAUAAGCUGCAUGUUGUUCACAGGGAUCUGAAGCCAGAAAAUGUUGUUUUCUUUGAACAUCAAGGAAUUGUUAAACUUACAGAUUUUGGGUUUAGCAACAAGUUUCAACCUGGAAAGAAGUUAACAACAAGCUGUGGGUCACUUGCAUAUUCGGCACCAGAAAUUCUACUUGGAGAUGAAUAUGAUGCACCUGCAGUAGAUAUCUGGAGCCUGGGUGUUAUUCUCUUCAUGUUGGUAUGUGGCCAGCCUCCAUUUCAAGAGGCAAAUGACAGUGAGACUCUCACCAUGAUUAUGGACUGCAAGUAUACAGUGCCAGCCCAUGUCUCCAAAGAAUGCAAGGAUCUUAUCAAUCGCAUGCUGCAGAGAGAUCCAAAACGAAGAGCCUCACUGGAGGAGAUUGAGAAUCACCGCUGGCUGCUAGGAAUUGAUCCUUCACCUGCAACGAAGUGCAAUGUACCUCUUGUCUCUUACAAGAAUCUAUCUGAUGAAGAGCACAAUGGCAUCAUCCAGCGCAUGGUGCUUGGUGAUAUUGCAGAUCGGGAAACUAUAAUUGAGUCACUGGAAAGUAAUAAAUACAAUCACAUCACUGCCACUUACUUUUUGCUGGCUGAAAGGACCUUAAAGGAGAAACAGGAGAAAGAAGUCGCCCGUUCUUCCAGUCCAAGCCACAUCAAAGCUCAGUUCAGGCAGUCCUGGCCUACAACAAAUGAAGUGGCCAAAGAUAUUGAAGACAUCACAUCAUCACCCAUUAUCCAUCCUGUGUCAAUUACUGGAGUCUGUUCCUCAGCCCGCACUGUGGAGUCCACCAUUAAUGGGCACCGAAUGAAAGCUGGUGAGCCAGUGAAGAAAGAAGAAUCAUCAACAAUUGGAACAACUGGAAAGCCUGCUGCAAACAAUAGGACGUGUCUAUUCAGAGUGGAAGAGGAUGAAGAGGAUGAUGAGGAUGAUAGAAGUGUAAUUCCUCUUCCCACUCCAGUGGUUUUGCGACGUAAACCUUCCAUAACAAACCGGCUUACCACCAGGAAGAGUGCCCCUGUUCUUAAUCAAAUAUUUGAGGAAGGAGAGUCUGAUGAUGAUUUUGACAUGGAUGAUAACCUACCACCCAAGCUUAGUCGAUUAAAGAUGAACAUAGCUUCGCCAAGUACUGUGAAUAAACGGUACCAUAAACGGAAAAGUCAAGGCCGUGGAUCAAGUUGCAGCAGUUCAGAAACCAGUGAUGAUGAUUCGGAAAGUCGCCGGCUUCUUGACAAAGACAGUGGGUUCACUUACUCCUGGCACCGCCGCGAUAGCAGCGAAGGGCCUCCAGGGAGUGGAGGAGAUGGAAGCGGGCAAGGUAAAUCAAGUGAUGGGAAUGCUGGUGUUGACAAGAGCAGCCCAAGUGAAGGCAAUAAAGGUGGUAGUAGCCCUUCCAAUGAUCCCAGUGGGAGCACCAACAACACGGGAACAAGAACUCGCAAUUGUGCAACCCAAGGACAUUCUUCCCAGUCACCCAAAGCGGCAGAGGAUUUGGUAGAGAGCCUGAAACUGAUGAGCCUAUGUCUUAGUUCCCAAUUACAGGGAGGUAUCAGUAGUAGAUACAUUAUUGAACCAGCAUCUGGGACUCAUGAGAAAUCAACCUGGAAAAUGUGCAUCACCUCGAGCAAUGUUAUAGAACGAACUUCUCCCUUGACCAAUAGCAAGUCCUAUUCUGACCAAAUGGCUGAUCUGCUGAAUGUGCUUGAAAUGUCAAAAGAGAACAACAUGAACUUGAAGAAUAAUGUUCUACAGCUACCUCUUUGUGAGAAAACUCUUUCUGUGAACAUUCAACGGAAUCCUAAGGAUGGGCUGUUUUCCUCCAGUCAAACCAGCUGCUGUCAAGUUAUUUAAAUAUAUUUAAACUUGAUUUAACUGUUAUUCUUGCUGGUUACACUUUGACUUUCUUAGCAAAGUGAAAUUAUUUUAGUCUUGAGCUUUCUAAAUGGACUUCCAGAAUUAUUUAUUGCAAUGUUUGAAUUGGUUUGCUCAAUAUCUUGACAAUGCAUGGUCUUUGUGCAUGCUGCUCGCUGCUGCUUUAAUUUUCCAACAAGAAAAAAAAACUGGGGCAGAUUUUUAAUUUCUUGGGAGUUUAGCAUCAGCCUUUAGGCUGUAUGUUGUUAAUGGAGCUAAAUGCAGUUAAGUAAAUUGUUCACUUUGUAGCUCUUUGUGUUGCACAUGAAAGGAUAGAGUACAUCUAUAUGGUUUAAACCAUUUGAUCAAAGAGUAUUAGGUUUUAUUACAUACUCUAGUGUACGUGACAUAAAAGAACCAAAGCAAUAAAUGAAAUAUUGCAGCUCUUGUGAAAACAUUUCAAUAUUCCAAGCCUGGUGAAAUGCUCUCUAAAAUAAAUAAUGGAGAGUCUUAAUUUGUUGAAAGAUUGCAGAGCGCUCACUUUAGGGCGGGUUAGUCUAUAUUGACUUAAACUCAGGAUAAGGCAAACUUGAGCAAGGUGCUAUCAUUGGACAGGGUUGGGUUGAACUACGUUUUCUGGUUAUUAGUGUCCAUGACACAAUGUUGCCCCUUUAGUGAGAAAGCACUGCACUUAGGCUAGCUUGUCUCUUCAUCUGUAUAUAUGUUUGGAUAUAUUUGUUCUGUCAGUUCUGUGGGAUAGGCCAUGGUGUAGUGAUUGGAAAUAAAGCAAAAUUGCAUUGUCCUUUGCAGGCCAAUAAGAUGCUUUUGUUGGAUGGACAAUGUUAAGAGUAGCUAUGAUCAAAAUGUGAAGUACUUCUGCUUCUGACCUGCAGUGUGAGAUUUGAAAUACUACCUGCUCUCUUCUUGUAAUUGAAGGGUCCUCCACUGAUGCAGAGAAUGCUUCAGAUUAGGAGAGAUUUUCAAUGUUGAUCUAUAAUGGGAACUUGUCUUUUAUUAAAAAUGGUUUGUGAAUGGUUUCUAUUAAACUGUAGUUUAUGAAAAUGUUUAAACCUUUCCUAUUCCAUAGGUAAAUCAGCUAUGCUUUUGUCAAUAGGGAGUAUUUAUCCUCUCUAAUAUUGAAAAGCUUCCUUGAAAUAUAGAUCUGAAUAGCACUGGCAAUCGCUUUCCAUCCAGUUAUUUGGCAGUAUAUGUAUGUUCCAAAUUAAAUGCUGCAGGAGAAAUUGGGUGGGUUGGGGUAUUUCAAGUUGCUCUUAAAGUAUAUUGGCAUUCCAGUUUUUAAUGAUUUGAUUUUCAUUGUGGGAAAUAACAAAUAGUGUACGGAAUUCAUAGCAAUUGUGUAGAUGCAGUUGUUUUUGGAUUAUUGUAAAUAGUUUUGUUUAUAUUUUAUGUAUAGCCUUGUGAUGGCACCUUUUAGAACUCCUACCUUGUGUAUUUGUACAAGAACUGUAAAUUUGUGUAUACACAGUACUGGAGAAUUACAGUGGUGUACAGUUGUCAGAUUGAACUAGAUUAAUGUCGGUGGAAACGCCCACUGUUUAACUGUCUGUAUUCUAUAUAUUCUAGUUGUCUCAAGUGAAUGACCGGUAAUGUAUUGUAUGUUGUGCGGCAUCGUUUGGUGCAAUGAAAGAAAAGAGUAACCACUACUUAUGAAUGUUAUUGGACCAAAUAAUGUAACAGUCUGAAAAUGUGGCAUCCCAUGGCCAACCUGUCUUCAAAAUGGUAAUUUCAUGUGUAAUAAAAUAGUGGCUGAUUUCUAGUCAGUUGUAACUUUCAAACCAUUAAAUAUGUUAAAUUAA